AUGCCGGCCACAAUCUCCGACGCACCGGCCGUCGCCCUUUCCUUCGCCAACAACUUCUGGGGAAAGGACGAUGCCGGUGUACCGCCCCUCCUAGAGCGCAUGCACAAUGCGAAGCAGACAUGUGACGAACUUCGCAACUUUUACGGCGUACGCGCAUCUAUCGAGGACGAAUAUGCCCGGAAGCUCAUGUCGCUGUCGCGCAAGGCGCUGGGGUCGCAAGAGACAGGCACCUUGAAGACGUCGCUCGAUGUCAUGCGCGGCGAGGUUGAGCUGAUGGCUAAGCAGCACCAGCAGGUGGCUGCGCAGAUGAAGAGUGAGCUGGAAGAACCGCUCGCCGCUUUCGCCGGCGCUAUGAAGGAGCGGCGCAAGAUCGUGCAGAACACGGUAGAAAAGCUGCUCAAGACUAAGGUGCAGCAGACGCAGCAGCCCCAGACGCGCGACCGUUAUGAGCAGGAAUGUCUCAAAAUCAAGGGCUAUCUCGCCCAGGGCCACAUGGUUAUGGGCCAGGAAGAGAGAAAGAACAAGGCCAAGCUCGAGAAGACGCAGAUCAGCUUGGCGACAUCCAACACGGAGUACGAGGCCGCUGUCAAGGCCCUGGAGGAGACGACCGCCCGCUGGAAUAGGGAAUGGAAGGCGGCCGCUGACAAAUUCCAGGACCUGGAGGAGGAGCGCCUCGAUUUCUCCAAGAGCAGUUUGUGGACUUUUGCCAACAUCGCCUCCACCGUUUGUGUGAGCGACGAUUCAUCGUGCGAGAAGAUCCGGUUGUCGCUGGAGAAGAUGGAGGUAGAGAAGGACAUCUACACCUUCAUCAAGGACAAGGGGACUGGCCAGGAGAUCCCUGACCCGCCGAAGUACAUCAACUUCUGCCGCGGUGAUAUUGACGCACAGUCGGAGGUGUCCGAGGACGACAACUACUCAGUGGCGCAGUUCCCAAGGAGCAUCAACCCGGCUUUCCGCUCAUCCUCCCCCCAGCCCUCCAUGUUCGAGUCUCAUCACGACCCUAACUCGGCGCUGGCUCGGGAUCUUGGGCACGGCGAUGCUCCGGCCCAACAGGCCCGAGAGGUCGCUGCGACUCCCCAGAAGGUGCCGACGAUCCCCCAACAACAAAACACCCAGCGGUCAAACGCCCAGAACCCGAAGGGUACCAGCCACCACAGGCCAGCAAUCCCCUUCCGACGGAAGAGCACCAAGGAGGUGGCGCCGACAAGCCGAAACACGUGGAACCCGCCCGCCGCCCACAACAACCGACCACAACUCGCUGCCCCCCCUAAAGAGAGCCAGAACCAGAUUAUCGGGCCUGAGCGGAGCGUCAGCCCGGAUCCGAUCGCAGCCAACGCGAGUCUCGCGCUCAAUGUCGGGCAGAAUGUCUUCCCGGUAGAGACACCCGAUCGCCGCAAGCAGGAUGCUGGGCCGGCCACUCCUGAAGAUGAUCCCAUUGCGAUGGCCUUGGCCGAGCUGAAGGGCGUCACGGGCGGAAAGAACGGGGGGUCGAGGAUGUCGGCAGACCACUACCAUGGCAUCGCGACGCCUGCCCCCGGCGCUAACCCGUCGCGCUCCAUGGUGCCAGGGAACAACAACAGUGUGGUGGCCGCCGGCAUGCGCGGGACCCCACCGCCGUCCUACGACCAGCAAACCCAAAUCCAGCGCCUCGGCGUGCCCCCGCCAGCAGUGACCUCCAGAGCAAUGAAGGAGUCCUCCCAGAAAUUCCAGCAACAAACCCGGAGCCUCUUUACCGCGUCCGACCGCCCCAACUCCGGUGGCGGCGGCGGCGGCGGAUAUGGCAGCCGGCCCGGCACCGGCCGAAACAGCAGCAGCGACAUCCCGCGCGCCGUGUCCCCUGCAGCGCAACGCAGCGUCUCCCCGCGACCCAGCUCCCGUGCGAGCCGGCACUACCCCGCCUCCCCCUCCCAUCGCUCGGUCUCACCAGCGCCCUACGCGGGUAGCCAGCGCGGGUCAGUCAGCCAGCUGAGCAUGUCGGCGAACAAGCGCGGGUCAGACGCCGCGUACUACGGCGGCAGCAACAGUAACAACCAGAGCCACAACAACAGCUACAACAGCAACAGCUACAAUGGCCACCGCGGAUCCUCGUCGAGCGCCGCAUCACCCAACGAAAUGGCACGCUCCACCAGCCCGGCCCCUUACUCCCCUCGCGCGUCGGCCGCCAGCCCCUCUCCCUACGGCAGCACCCGCGGCACCGCGGCUAGCCCCGGCCCCACGGGCACUUACAGCCCGCGCGGCUCCAUGCAGGACCACAGCGCCAGCGGCGGCGGAGGCCGUCCGGGCAGCAGCAUGAGCAUGGGCAGCAGGCGGGGGAUGGACAUGGCCGUGCAGCUGGCGCAGGUUCCGUCGGGGGGUGGUGGGCAAGGGUAUGGCCAGCAGCAACAGCGACAGCAGCAGCAGCAGGAGCAGGACGAUGGCUAUGGCGGGUCGAUGCGCGGGCGCCAUAACCGCUCCAACACGGCUACCAGCAUGAGCAUGCGUGGGAUGAGCCUGUAUGAGGGUGCGGGGCCCGUGCAGCCGGUGGGCAGUUCCCGGACGAGGAGUAAGAGUGUUGCGGCGGACCCGAAUCGGUUUACGAGGGAUGGGAGGCCCAUUUUGCAUUUUGCGCGCGCACUGUACAUGUACCAGCCCGCGAUACCCGAGGAGCUGGGAUUUGCCAAGGGCGACGUGCUGUCCAUCCUGCGGCACCAGGACGAUGGCUGGUGGGAGGCCACCGUGCAGGGCGGCGCCGGGCAGGUUGGGCUGGUCCCGAGCAAUUACUUGCAGCCUUGCUAG